UAGGGCCCCUCCCCCGCUGGUGCCCCCCCCCCCACUGUCCCCUCGAUGGAGCCCGGCGGGCUGGGCCGGGUCCUGUCCGACCUGCUGCAGCCAGACAACGCCCUGAUCCAGCAGGCCACGGCCCAGCUGCGUGAGGCCUUCAGACACCCCGAGGUGCUGCCCCAGCUCUGCCAGCUGCUGGCAGGGGCCCCGGACCCCCAGAUCCGGCAACUGGCAGCCGUGCUCCUCCGCCGGCGUCUCACCAAGCACUGGCGGAAGCUGAACCCCGAGGAGCAGGACAGGCUGAAGAGCUUGGUUCUGGGAGCCCUGCAGCAGGAAGCAGAGCACCAGGUCUCCGUGGCCCUGGCCCAGCUGGCCGCGCUGCUUCUGCGGCACCAGGGGCUGGAGCGCUGGCCCCAGCUCCUGCAGCUCAUCCAGCAGGGGGUGCGCGGCCCCGACCCCCACCACCGCCAGAUCUCGCUGCUGGUGCUGAGCUCGGCUCUGGAGUCGGACCCUGAGGCCUUCACCCCCCACUACACCGCCCUGCUGCGUCUCUUCCACAGCGCCCUGGGCCAGCGCGGCCAGCCGGGGGCGCUCUACUAUAGCCUGCGGGGGCUGGCAGCCAUGGCCGCCGGGCUGGGCUCCGACCACCUGAAUCUCAUGCGCUCCCUGGUCCCGAAGAUUAUCUCGGCCGUCAGGCAGCUGAUUCCCGUUAACGAGGUGCACGCCAGCGAAGCCAUGGAGGUCUUUGACGAGCUGAUGGAGAGCGAAGUCUCAGUCAUUGUCCAGCAUCUCUCCGACGUCGUCGGCUUCUGCCUGGAGGUGGCGUCGAACCGGGCGCUGGGGGACGCGCUGCGGGUGAAGGCGCUUUCCACCCUCAGCUUCCUCAUCAAACUGCGGGGCAAGGCUGUGCUGAAGCAGCGGCUGCUGCCCCCCGUGCUGGACGCCCUGUUCCCCAUCCUGAGCGCGGAGCCCCCCCCGGGGCAGCUGGACGCCGAGGACCAGGAGGGCGAGGACGAGGGGGACGAGGCCCAGACCCCCAAACAUGUGGCCGCCCAGGUGAUCGACAUGCUGGCCCUGCACCUGCCCCCUGAGAAACUCUUCCCCCAGCUGAUGCCGCACCUGGAGCCGGCCCUGCGGAGCCCCCAGCCCUACCAGCGCAAGGCCGGGCUCAUGGUGGUGGCGGUGCUGGCCGAGGGCUGUGGGGAUCACAUCCGCACCAGGCACCUACAGCCCCUGCUGGGGGUGAUUUGCCGGUCGCUGGCCGACGAGAGCCUAGUGGUGCGGAGUGCGGCCCUCUUCGCCCUGGGGCAGUUCUCGGAGAACCUGCAGCCCGACAUCACGGCCUAUGUGGGGGAGGUGCUGCCGCUGCUGCUGUCCUACCUCGGGGGGGUGGAGCUGGCACGGGGGGGCCACCUGGCCAAGGCCUACUACGCCUUGGAGAACUUCGUGGAGAGUCUCGGAGCCGGGAUCGAGCCGUUCCUGCCGGUGCUGAUGGAGCAGACGCUGGGGACCCUGCGCGCCCCGGGGGGGCCCCGCCCCAAGGAGCUGGCCAUCAGCGCGCUGGGGGCCAUCGCCUCGGCUGCCCAGCGCGCCAUGGGGCCGUAUCUGCCCCCCAACCUCCCCAGCCCCCCACCAGUCCCUAGCCCUGCCCCCGCCACCACCCAGGAGCAGCGCCCCCUGCAGUGCCUGGCUGUGGGUGAGUGCCGCCCCCCACAGCCGCGGUGUCUGACGCUCCCCUCCCCCGCAGAGACGCUGGGGGUGCUGGUGCGGGCGCUGGGGCGUGAGGUAGUGGGACCCCUGGCGGAGGAGAGCUGCCAGCUGGGGCUGGGCCUGGCCGAGGGGCAGGACGACCCCGACCUACGGCGCUGCACGUACAGCCUCUUCGCCGCGCUCUCCUGUGCCAUGGGGGACGACCUGGCCCCCCAUCUGCCCCGGAUCACCACCCUGCUUCUCUACUCCCUCAAAUCCACUGAGGGCCUUGUGCCCCCUGCUGGGGACACCAGCUCCUUCCUGCUGUUCGAAGAUGAGGAAGAGGAGGCCGAGGUGGAGGGGGAGGAAGAUCUGGACGGGGAGGACGACGACGAGGAGGAGGAAGAGCUAUUCGGGCUGAGCGUGGAAAGCGCCUACGUGGAUGAGAAGGAGGACGCUUGCGCCGCCCUGGGGGAGAUCGCGGUGAACGCCAGUGUCACCUUCCUGCCCUACCUGGAGAGCUGCGUCCCGGAGGUCUUCCAGCUGCUGGAGUUCCCCCACCUGGGGGUCCGGAAAGCCGCCUACGAAGCCCUUGGCCAGUUUUGCAUCGCGCUGCACCGGGUCUGCGAGCGGGACCCUUCUGAGCCCCACGCCGCCGCGCUGCAGCGGCUGCUGGGCCUGGCGCUGCCGGCCAUGGCGCGGGGCGUGCACCGGGAGCGGGAGCGGCUGGUGGCCAUGGCGGUGCUGGAGGCGUUGGGCGCGGUGCUCACCGCCUGCCGGCAGGAGGCGCUGCGGAGCCCGGGGCGCCUGGCCGAGCUCUGUGGGGCCCUUCGCGCCGUGCUGGAGAGGAAGACGGCUUGCCAGGACGACGGCUUGGACGAGGAAGAUGAGGAGGAUGAAGAGCAGGCGGAGUACGACGCCAUGCUGCUGGAGUACGCGGGGGAGGGGAUCCCCGCUCUGGCCAUGGCUGCAGGGGGCGACACCUUCGCCCCGUAUUUCGCCGGCUUCCUGCCCCUGCUGCUCAACAAAAUGAAGCCCAGCUGCUCGGUGGCGGAGCGCUCCUUCGCUGUGGGGACGCUGGCGGAGACGCUGGGGGGGCUGGGCCGGGCCACAGCCCCCUUUGUGCCCCGGCUCCUUCCCCCCUUCCUGGGGGCCGCCCGGGACUCCGACCCCGAAGUGCGCAGCAACGGCGUCUUUGCGCUGGGGGUGCUGGCCGAGCAUGGCGGGGAGGCCCUGCUCCCACACUACCCUAAGAUCCUGGCCUUGCUGGCGGGGGGCAGCGCCCAGGAGCCGAGCGCCCGCGUCCGGGACAACGUCUGUGGGGCCGUCGCCCGCAUGGUCCUGAGCCAGCCCCAGGCCUUGCCCCUCAGCCAGGUGUUCCCCGCCCUGCUCCGCUCCCUGCCCCUCACGGAGGAUUUUGAGGAGAAUAAAACCGUUUUCCGCUGCAUCAGUUUCCUGUACGAGAACGCCCCCCAGCAGGUGCUGCAGCAGGUGGGGGAGGUGGUGCGGGCCAGUAGCACUGUCUUGGGGACCGACCAUCUCCCGGCAGAUGCCCAGGUCUCCCUUCUCUCCUUGCUGCGGCAUCUCUCCGCCCGCUGCCCCACGGAGUUCCAGGCGGCCCUGCUGGCCCUGCCCCCUGACGCCAGCGCCCGUAUCAGCGGGGCCCUCGGCUCAGCGUGAGGGACACGGCCCCUCCUUGCUCAAGUGACCCCUGGCGAGUACAGUCAAGCCCCCUCUGCCUGUUCUCCCCCCAAAUGGCCAACUCUGGGCCCCCCAGAUUGUUCUCAUCACUGGGGAGGCCCUUCGGAGCAUAUGAUUGAACUGUCUGCCUGUAUCCAACACCAUCGCGGAGAGGACUCAGUUUGUGGUCUCGUCUGCUCCGCCUGUCUUCUCACUCGCCAUCACUGUGGAGGAGGGAUCCGAGUACUGUUUGGUCACCAGUUGCCUGUAACUUUCACCCACUGCCCACGUGGAGGGGAUAGCUCCCGUCAUUCACCAGGGCUGCCUGUAGUUUGAUUUCCUCCACCAAUGUAAGAGCGAAUUAGAGAUGUGGUAUGAAUGGAUUCUGCCUGUACCUGUCACCAGUGGGAGGAGGACUUCAGUUACGGUGUUUGAUCCUUCUUCCGCCUCUAUGCAGCACUGGUGUGGGGGGAAAAUACCAAGUCAUAUUGUGAUCUGGUUCUGUCGGUGGUUAGCACCAUCGUCAUGGUAUUGAACAGGAUCCUCCCAUGUAUUUCACCGUGGAUUUGAGGGGCAGUCUCACCUGUAAUUGUUGCUGCCCUAAAGAGGGGGGUAUUAGUCUCAUUGUUAUCCAGUUGGCCUGUAGUUUUUGGAUCCCGUUGCUUGCCUGUAUUUAUUCUUCCUCUGCUGCUGGGAGUUGCAUCACUAACUGGUUCACUUGUAGUUUUUUUCACCUAGCACAC